AUGAGGCCAGAGACCAGCACCAAGUCUGGACGAGACUCACUAGCAGGACCUCGGGCUCUUGCCCCCGGGUCCAAGGGCUGCCCCAGCCAGCUCACGGUUUCCACUGACGAAAGCUCCUCGGCGGUGCCCAGCAUUACUGACCACAAGUUUGCACGUGAGGCACGGCGGAAGCGCACGGGAGCCUCAGAGAGCGCCUUUUGGACAGCUUAUCUCUUGGCAAGAUUAAGCCGGCUCUCCACGGAGGGGCCCGUAUUGCAGGUCUGCAGGGAGGGCCAGGCCCGCCGCGUUUGCACCUUUUACCCGGCAUCUGUCCCUGGGAUCAGCAGAGCUGGAGGCUGGAUUAGACGGGUCAGCGCCCUGAUUGACAGUGACACUUCCACCCGCGCCCCCGCCUGCCCCCCGGCCUCUCCCGCUGUUCCUCUCCUGCCCCACCCGGGCCCCAUCCUGUUCCCGAGAGCGGCCACUGCCUUCUAA